GCUUUAAAUACUCCCCAAACAUACCACCCAACGACGCCGCUCGCUCCUCCGCUCUGCCUGCCGUCUUCGCCCCCUCGCCCGAUUUUCUUCAUUCAGAUUGAUAAGCUGAAAAUGUCAGGAAAAGCCCUCGGAGAUCUCAAUGUACAUCCAGCAACUGGAUUCGAUAAGAAUACUGCAUUGGGCAAAGGAAGUUUAACCAAGUCGUACAUUGAAAAUAUCAAUGACAAUGGUCCUGAAUUGCAGAAAAAAAGUUCUUCCCCUUUCUCUGCUCCUAUAAAUAUCGGUGAUGCAGGAAGCAACGGACUAGAGACAGGAAAUACAGAAGUUGAGUACAUCGAGUCUGAAAAUCUGGCAGAUCUACCAGAUGUGGAUGCAAGUUUUAAUACACUGUUAGCUAGGUUGGACUCAAAAGACUGGGUUUCUGUAUGUGAAGCACUCAAUAAUGUGCGCCAAUUGUCAAUAUAUUACAAGGAAAGGCUGCUUGAAAUCAUACGAGCUGUGAUACCACUUAUUGUGAAGUCACUGAGAAGUCCCAGGAGUGCUGUCUGCAAAACUGCAAUCAUGGCAUCUGCUGACAUAUUCAAGGCUUACAAUGAUAUGGUUAUUGACUCAUUAGAUCCCCUGCUUGUCCAGUUGCUACUGAAAUCCUCUCAAGACAAGCGCUUUGUAUGUGAAGCUGCUGAGGCAGCUCUAAUAGCAAUGACAACUUGGAUCUCUCCUAUGCUAUUGUUGCCAAAGUUGCUGCCUCAUCUUACAAACAGAAAUCCUCGAAUACGAGCAAAAGCAUCUAUGUGUUUUAGCAGGAGUGUACCUCGACUUGGCAUGGAGGGAAUUAGAGCAUAUGGAAUUGAUAAGCUUAUCCAAAUCGCAGCAUCUCAACUCAGCGACCAACUUCCUGAAUCAAGGGAGGCUGCUCGGGCACUUGCCAUGCAACUGCAAACCAUAUAUGUUAAUUCUCAUGUCUCUCCAAAUGAAGAUUCUCUUGAGUUGGUGGAUGCUGAUUCCUGGGAGGCUUUUUGCCACGCGAAGCUGACACCUUUGAGUGCUCAGGCUAUUCUUCGAGUCACGUCUACUCCAAAAGAGGCUCUGGUAUUGAGUUUUUGCUAGCUCAUGAGGGCUAUGGCACUCUACACCUACCUUGGUGAUUCCACUGUUUGUUAUGCAUUUGAUAUUUUUGUACAUGCUGUGACCAUAGAAAAAAUAUCGACGAGGCAUUUGUAAAAUUGAUCCUAUAAUUCACAUUUGAGGUAAUUUCUUGUAUAGGUUUCAGUGA